AUGGACAUGUAUGAUAUAGCAGCCUAUGAAUGCUGGGACCUGAGCCUGCUCACCAGCAUGGUGGAUGACAUGUGGCAUUACGCUGGGGACCAGUCCACUGAUUUUAACUGGUACACCCGGCGAGCCAUGCUGGCUGGCAUCUACAACACGACAGAGCUGGUGAUGAUGCAGGACUCCUCUCCAGACUUUGAGGACACUUGGCGCUUCCUGGAAAACCGGAUUAAUGAUGCAAUGAACAUGGGCCACACUGCCAAGCAGGUAAAGUCCACAGGAGAGGCACUGGUGCAAGGACUCAUGGGUGCAGCAGUGACGCUCAAGAACUUGACAGGUCUAAACCAGCAUCGGUGAGAGGAAAGGGUGUAAGAUACAAUGCCUAGAAGAGAAUGAGUGGACAGAUUGAAAGAGCUUUGAAAAGUAUGAGGUGCCAUCUGUGUAACCUGGUGUUCAUGAGAAUACAC